AUCGAUAUUAGUUUCAGGGCGGAGUGUAUUAUGGGCGGGCGGGUUUUCUUAGCGCUUCGUCUACAGUUAAUUAUGUGAAACAGUGUUAAAUGUUUGUUACCUGAUUGUUUUUGAGUAUCUAAAAUAUCAUUUGGUGUAAUUUUUAUUCGAACAUAAUAUAUCAGUUCUUCGAACAUAAUAUAUGAUUUUAAGUUGCAAAGUAAAUUGAUAAUUUCAGUUCGACAUUAGUGCUACAAACCAAAAAAAAAAAGAUUUAAAUUUGCAUUAGAUUCUUUAAUAAAGUUAAUUCAGUGUACACGAUUAUUGAGUGAUUUUGAUGAUGAAUAGUGGUCGUGCAAGGGUUCCAAAGUGCGCUCGUUGCCGGAACCAUGGUUUGAUCUCCAGCUUACGAGGCCACAAGAAAGCUUGUGCCUACCGACUCUGCCAGUGUCCUAAAUGUGGACUCAUCAAGGAGAGGCAGAGAAUUAUGGCUGCUCAGGUAUGUGCCGAGGUAGCCUUAAAGCGGCAGCAAGCCGCAGAAGACAAGAUAGCUUUACACUUGGCUUCCGUAGAAAGUGGAACGGCAUUGGAAGCUCUACCUCCAGGUCGGAUAUAUGGGAUGCGAGUCACCGGCCCAUGCCCCAGCCCUGGACCGGAACCUGACUCUGUUGCUGAUGAUCACACUCCAAUCCACAUCGACAGUGAGACGAGUGACUCUUUGCCAGACUGCUGCACUGUUUCACCUGAUUCUGCUGGCAACUCUUCAGCCUCCGCGUCAAUGCGUCCAGGUGAAGAAGGUUCUGAAAGUGAGAAUGCGGUGAGCACAGCUGGUUUAGAGAUGUUACGAAAACUGUUUCCCGGCAAGAAGCGCUCUGUGCUGGAACUAGUGCUACGACGAUGCAACCACGACUUGCUACGAGCCGUAGAACAUUUCAAUGCUACACGUGACCAGCGAGACAAGAUACCAGGAAUCAGCACUAGCAGCGGGUAUGAGGCGUCGGUGUCAAGUUCUGAAGAGGUCGAGUCGAGGUGGUCAGCGUUCCGUCCAGUGGGACCUCGAGCUCCAAUACUACCGGCGUUGGUCAUGGGGCGAGUGUGCGGUUCUGACUGGUUGAUACCGAUGCCGGCCUUACCUGCACUCUCAGGUCCUCUACUACUACCUCUGCAGCACCCACACGCACCACCAGCUCCAUGCAACCCAUGCUCCCCUGAUUGUAGGCAGUGUAACCAUCAUUAGGAUUACAAUAUAAAAACAUGAUAUUUUAGUUUUUAAUUCAUCUAGUAGACUUAUCAAGAAUAUUGUACACGUACAUCAUACUUUUAGAACACGUAUCUUCUAUGUCACUCCAAAGGUAUCAUUAGUAUUGUACCAUUUGUCUACUAUUAUAUCUUUAGCACAGCUUACUCUUUUAUUAUUUUCGAGUCAAAUUAUGCUGCCAUAAUAUCCAAUGCCAAAGAAUUUUACACUUAAGCUUGUAGAUUAUCGAUUUUUAUUAAAGUGCUGUUGUUAUUUAUUAUUAUUAUUAAAUUGUAUCUUUUAUAUUGCAA